AAUUAUAAUAAUUAAUUAAGAUUAAGAUUUAGAAUAAAAGGAAAAAAGACAAUGGAAAAAAUGGAGGAAUCAACAGCAGCAUCAGCAGCAGCAGCAUCUGUUCCAAAAUCUCUCAUGGAGAAUCUCUUAGGUCUUUUGAGGGUUCGUGUCAAACGUGGUGUCAAUCUUGCUGUUCGUGAUGUUCGUAGCAGCGACCCUUAUCUUGUCAUCAAGAUGUAUAAUCAGAAACUUAAGACUCGUGUGAUUAAAAGGGAUGUUAAUCCUGAGUGGAAUGAAGAUCUUACUCUUUCUGUCAUAGAUCCUAAUCACAUCGUUUCAAUUACUGUGUAUGAUCACGACACAUUUAGCAAAGAUGACAAAAUGGGAGACGCGGAGUUUGACGUCUCGGCCUAUAUAGAAGCCUUGAGGAUGAACACAGCCGGCCUUUCAAACGGGACCAUACUCAAAAGAAUUCAACCAAGUAAGCACAACUGCCUUACCGAGGAGAGCCGUAUCUAUUAUAACAGCGGAAAGAUUAUUCAAGAUAUGAUUCUUAGAUUGCAAAAUGUGGAAUGUGGUGAAGUUGAAAUCAGUUUGCACUGGAUUGAUCUUCCUGGUUCUAAAGGCUUAUGAAUCUUAUAUAUCAAUGUUUGUUUUUGAGCAAAACUUUAUAUAUAUGGAUUUAUAUACACAUAUAAAAGGUGAAUUUAUGCCUUCAACUAUAUGGUUUUGUGAAGUACUAUAGUAUGAUUUUAUGUAAGUGUUUAGUAACAAAAUGAACUUGAAUUUAUUCAAGUACUAUAUUUGUUUGUAUCCAGUUUGUAAUGUAUUUAGUACAGUUUAGAAA